GCGCGUUAAUUUAUGUUGAACAAUUAAAGAGGGACCUAACAAAAAGUGAUACGUUUCUUGAUUUAACCUUUCUCGCGUCGCCUUCAAAUUCAUUUGUUCAAUUGUUCAACAUCAAUUUCAUUUUCAUACCAAACGCGUUAAACUCAAAAUAUUUCAAAAGGACGACGGGGCGCAGUUCGCACUCCCUCUCGCCAAAGGAGCACGAUCGUUUGGGGCCUUUUAUCGGAGCGUAGGAGCGGGCUUGGCUUCUGUGGUAAGUUCUCGUCGGUGUCGGGUUGCUCCAUCGAUCGAGACACGGAGAGAGAUUUAGGGUUUGUGUGGUUGCGAGACUGAGGAGUUCAAAUGGAUGGAGCAGAGAAGAAAGAAGGAGAGAACAACAAGGCUUUGUAUGCUCCGCCCCCUGCGGAUCCAUCUCUCCCCACCGCAGAUAAAGAUAAAGAAGCCGAGGAUCGGGAACGCUACGCUCGCGAGCUCAAAGCUGGUUUACAUCCUUUGAAGCACAAGUUUGUAUUUUGGUACACUCGGCGAACGCCUGGAGUUCGAACUCAAACAUCAUAUGAAGACAAUAUAAAAAAAAUUGUGGAAUUUAGUACGGUUGAAAGCUUUUGGGUCUGCUAUUGCCAUUUGGCACGACCAUCUUCUUUGCCGAGCCCUACCGAUUUGCAUCUUUUCAAGGAGGGAAUUCGUCCCUUGUGGGAGGAUGCUCCUAACUGCAAUGGUGGUAAAUGGAUCAUACGAUUUAAGAAGGUUGUGUCAGGUCGCUUUUGGGAGGAUUUGGUUUUGGCCUUGGUCGGUGACCAACUUGAUUACAGCGAUAAUGUAUGUGGUGCAGUACUUAGCAUUCGUUUUCACGAGGACAUAUUGAGCGUGUGGAAUCGCAAUGCAUCUGAUCAUCAGGCUGUAAUGGCACUGAGAGAUUCAAUCAAACGGCACUUGAAGCUUCCACAUAGCUAUGUUAUGGAAUACAAGCCUCAUGAUGCUUCUUUACGCGAUAACUCGUCAUAUAGAAAUACAUGGUUGAGAGGGUAGGGAACUGUUGUGGAUCAUCUCAAUUGGGCAACCAGAAGGGAGACGAAUAAGAAUUAAGGAAUUAGUUCUAUGAAACUUCUGGCAUGACCCCUACCUACUUCAUAUCGAAUUCAUUAAAUGAUCACAAUUGGUGAAUCAAAGUUGUAUGUUACUUGUAUCAGGCGGUCGCUGUCCUUUUUCUAUAACUAGAAUACAUUAUUAAUUAGAGAUUUUAACCUACUCUUGAAGUUAUUAUUUAAUACAUGUUACAUAUCA